UGAUAAAUACUUGAAGUGUAUUGUAUAUAAAAUAAAAGUAUUUGCGUGUGUGUCAUAUAUAUAUGUAAAGCAGCAGCUUUCUGGUGCUCCGCUGGACAGUUUCAAAAAAACUUAAUUGUGUGCAUUUAAAUAUAUCAAAAUAUUAUUUUUAGAUAUCAAAAACAAAUGCAUUUAUAAAUAAAAAGUAUUUUUAUAAUAAUAUAUUAUAUAAAAAUGUCUAAAAUUGUUGUAGCAGUAGCGCUGCUCUGCUCGGGAUUGUUAUCCAAUUUAACCAUAAGGAAUGUGUUAGCAGAUUCCUAUAAUUAUUUUUCCGAUUACGAAUGCAACAUGCCACUUAUGAAGAACGCCGUGCUAACAGCAACAUCCUCGCUGAAUGAUCGGGGUCCCGAAAAGGCGCGUCUGAAUGCUGGAACAUCGUGGUCAGCUAAAAAUUCAGACUUUGAUCAACGUUUAAUCAUUGAUUUGGGAAACGUUAAAAAUGUGACACACAUUGGGCUGCAAGGACGUCCGCACAGUAAUGAGUACGUGACCGAGUACACCAUUAGUUAUGGCAUCACAGAUUUAGAAUUUGCGGACUACAAAGAACCUGGGGGCAAUAUAAAGAUGUUCAAAGGUAAUUCCGACGGUAAUUCAAUACAUUAUAGCGUAUUUGAUGUACCGAUUAUUGCUCAAUGGGUUCGCAUAAAUCCAACAAGAUGGCACGAUCGAAUUUCCAUGCGUGUAGAACUCUACGGCUGCGAUUAUGUGUCUGAUAAUUUAUACUUCAAUGGCACUGGACUUGUACGGUUUGAUCUUCAAAGAGAACCCAUAGCAUCGACAAAAGAAUCUAUACGUUUCCGUUUUAAGACUGCAACUGCCAAUGGCAUAAUGAUGUACUCUCGCGGUACACAAGGCGACUACUUUGCACUACAACUUAAAGACAACAAAAUGGUACUGAAUUUGGAUUUAGGAGGCGGUGUCAUGACUUCACUAUCAGUAGGCAGUUUGUUAGAUGACAAUGUUUGGCAUGACGUGGUUAUUUCACGGAAUCGUCGUGAUAUUGUUUUUUCAGUUGAUCGCGUAUUAGUUCAUGGACGUAUUAAGGGUGAUUUUAAUCGCAUUAACUUGAAUCGUGAACUUUUCUUGGGUGGCGUGCCAAAUAUACAAGAAGGAAUUGCUGUACCACAAAAUUUCAGCGGUUGUUUGGAGAAUAUUUAUUUUAAUGCAACAAAUUUCAUACGUGAAAUGAAAGAAGCCUUUGAAAUUGGUGAAAAUUAUCGUUAUCAAAAAGUGAACACCGUAUAUGCCUGUCCGUCACCGCCAAUUUAUCCAGUAACAUUCACCACACGUAACUCAUUUGUACGUCUAAAGGGUUAUGAAGCCCAGAAGACGUUAAAUGUGUCAUUCUAUUUCCGUACUUAUGAAGAAAGAGGCAUGAUGCUUCAUCAUGAAUUUGCUUCAGGAGGUUUCGUUAAGGUUUACCUAGAGUAUGGUAAAGUGAAAAUUGAUUUAAAAUUAGGUGAUAAACCACGUAUUAUACUUGAUAAUUAUGAUGAAAAAUUCAAUGAUGGCAAAUGGCAUUCAUUCGUUUUAACCAUGGCCCGUAAUAAAUUAGUCCUGAAUAUCGAUCUACGUCCUAUGACAACUACUAAAACUAUACAAUUUUCGACUGGUCGUACGUAUCAUAUUGCUGGAGGCAUAGACAAACAUGGUUUCGUUGGUUGUAUGCGUUUGAUACUUGUUGAUGGCAAUUAUAAACUGCCAAAAGAUUGGGUGCAAGGAGAAGAAGUUUGUUGUGGUGAUGAAGUGGUUGUUGAUGCUUGUCAAAUGAUUGAUCGUUGCAAUCCAAAUCCAUGUCAACAUAAUGGUGUUUGUCAUCAGAAUUCAAUGGAAUUCUUCUGCGACUGUCAACACAACGGUUAUGCAGGCGCUGUAUGUCAUACUUCAAGUAAUCCACUUUCCUGUCAAGCAUUUAAGAAUGUGCAACAUGUACAGCAACGCGUGGAUAUCAACAUCGAUGUUGAUGGCAGUGGACCGUUGAAACCUUUCCCUGUUACUUGCGAGUUCUACACUGAUGGUCGUGUGGUUACAACUUUAAGUCAUAGUCAAGAGCAUACGACAACUGUUGACGGUUUCCAGGAGCCUGGCUCGUUUGAGCAAAAUAUUUUGUACGAUGCUGAUAUGCAACAAAUUGAAGCACUUCUGAACAGAUCACAUAGCUGCUGGCAACGUUUAAGUUAUUCCUGCCGUUCGUCACGUCUCUUCAAUUCACCUUCUGAAUCUGGUAAUUUCCGUCCAUUCUCUUGGUGGGUAUCACGACAUAAUCAACCAAUGGAUUAUUGGGCUGGUGCGUUGCCAGGUUCUCGCAAAUGUGAAUGCGGAAUUCUCGCUAAAUGUCACGAUCCCACAAAAUGGUGUAACUGCGAUUCGAAUAGUUUAGAGUGGACAGAAGAUGGCGGCGACAUACGUGAAAAAGAAUAUUUACCAGUACGUGCUCUGAAAUUUGGUGAUACCGGCACACCUUUAGAUGAAAAACAAGGACGUUAUACAUUAGGCCCACUACGUUGUGAGGGUGAUGAUCUAUUUAGUAAUGUAGUAACAUUCCGCAUAGCUGAUGCUACAAUUAAUUUACCACCCUUCGAUAUGGGACAUUCAGGAGAUAUCUAUUUGGAAUUUAAGACAACUAUUGAGAGUGCCGUAUUAUUCCAUGCAACUGGUCCAACAGAUUAUAUUAAGCUUAGUAUUAUUGGUGGUAAUAAAUUACAAUUUCAAUAUCAAGCAGGCAGUGGACCAUUGGGUGUGAAUGUUGGCACAAGUUAUCAUCUCAAUGACAAUAAAUGGCAUACAGUUAGCGUUGAACGUAAUAGAAAAGAAGCUCGUCUCGUCGUUGACGGUUCUAUAAAAGCUGAAGUGCGUGAACCACCAGGUCCUGUACGUGCACUUCAUUUAACAUCAGAUUUAGUUGUCGGUGCUAAUACUGAGUACCGUGAUGGUUAUGUUGGUUGUAUACGUGCUUUAUUGCUGAAUGGUAAAAUGGUAGAUCUUAAGGAAUAUGCAAAACGUGGUCUUUAUGGUGUUACAGCAGAUUGUGUUGGACGCUGUGAAUCAAGUCCUUGCUUGAAUAAUGGUACCUGUAUUGAACGUUAUGAUGGAUAUAAUUGCGAUUGUCGUUGGAGUGCAUUCAAAGGACGCAUUUGCGCUGAUGAAAUUGGUGUCAACUUGCGGUCCAGUUCGAUUAUACGUUAUGAAUUUGAAGGAUCUUUCCGUUCCACAAUUGCUGAAAAUAUCCGUGUUGGAUUUACUACAACAAUCCCAAAAGGUUUCUUGCUAGGUUUUUCAUCUAAUUUAACAGGCGAAUAUUUGACUAUACAAAUAUCUAACUCAGGUCAUUUACGUUGCAUUUUUGAUUUUGGCUUUGAACGUCAAGAAAUUAUUUUCCCCAAGAAACAUUUUGGCUUGGGACAAUAUCACGAUGUACGUUUCUCACGUAAAAACAGUGGCUCUACAGUGGUACUUGAAGUAGACAACUAUGAGCCACAAGAAUAUCAUUUUGAUAUAAAGGCAUCAGCUGACGCACAAUUCAAUAACAUUCAAUAUAUGUACAUUGGUAAAAAUGAAUCUAUGACUGAUGGUUUUGUAGGUUGUGUAUCACGUGUACAGUUUGACGAUAUAUAUCCACUGAAGCUCAUGUUCCAACAAAAUCCACCAUCAAAUGUUAAAUCACUUGGAACACAAUUAACUGAAGACUUCUGCGGUGUUGAACCAGUAACUCAUCCGCCUAUCGAUAUAGAAACCAGACCGCCUCCAUUGGUGGAUGAGGAAAAACUAAGAAAGGCUUAUAAUGAAGUGGAUGCAGUACUGUUAGGAUGUUUGCUUGUUAUAUUGUUCCUGUUACUUUGUCUUAUGGGCUUCCUUAUUGGUAGAUAUCUGCAUAGACAUAAAGGAAAUUAUCUGACACAUGAAGAUAAUGGUGCUGAUGGCGCAGAUGAUCCUGAUGAGGCUGUCAUGCAUUCAACAACAGGUCACCAAGUGACUAAACGAAAAGAAUGGUUCAUAUAGUUCGGUUUGCAAGAAGUAGUCGACUGGACUGCUUAAAGAGACAUAGAGCAAUCGUCACCUACACCAAACUAAAACAAGUACACAAACGAUAACACAAUUGUUAAAAAUCAGAAGUUAAACGAAAGAUACAUUUUGAAAACGAAACACUGCAAGCGACUAUAGGCAUGAAGCAAAAACCAAAAUCAAAUUCUAAAAAGAAAAGAACACAAAUUUCAUAUAUAAGAGUUUGUACUUUAUGUUCUUCACACUGCCAAUUUUUUGCGCAAUUUUUCUUUUUCAUAUUCGAAAUCAAAAUUGUAUAUUAAAAAUGAUUUUUUUUUAUCCGUCACUUUUAGUUUACUUACCAUUUUGCUUUGUUAUCUUUUGUUUAAUUUAAUUUUUUUCAUUAGUUUAUUGUAAAAUUAAAAUAACCAUAUUUUCGUCAAUAGUCAGUUAAUUUAGAAUAUAGCCUAUACUUUUGACACCGUCCAUUAUUUUUU